GUCGCUCGCUUGCUGGAUCUUGUGUCUUCGCAGCCGACACUCGUUGUUCCUUCCCUCACCGCGAUUUCUGCCCAGUACCCCGCAACGCCUUGGACAUUCGCUUCCUCGUCAUGGCGGAUAUCAACGUGGAUGUUCUCGUCAUUGGCGCCGGCCCGACUGGCUUGGGUGCGGCCAAGCGCCUGAACCACAUUAAUGGCCCGUCGUGGCUGAUUGUUGAUGCCAACGAGAAGCCCGGUGGCCUUGCUUCCACCGAUGUCACUCCCGAAGGCUUCCUCUACGAUGUCGGCGGUCACGUCAUUUUUUCGCACUACAAGUACUUUGACGACUGCCUCGACGAGGCCCUGCCCAAGGAGGACGACUGGUACCACCACCAACGCAUCUCGUAUGUCCGCUACAAGGGCCUGUGGGUGCCCUACCCGUUUCAGAACAACAUUUCGAUGCUGCCCAAGGAGGACCAGGUGAAGUGCAUCGACGGUCUCAUCGACGCUGCCUUGGCCGCACGCGUCGCCACGACCAAGCCCCAGGACUUUGAUGAGUGGAUCCUACGAACCUGCGGCGAGGGCCUGGCCGACGCCUUCAUGCGCCCGUACAACUUCAAGGUCUGGGCGGUGCCUACCACCAAGAUGCAAUGCCAGUGGCUUGGCGAGCGUGUUGCCGCCCCCGACGUCAAGUCGGUGACCAGGAACGUCAUCCUUAACAAGGUUGCCGGCGGCUGGGGUCCCAACGCCACCUUCAGGUUUCCCGCCAGGGACGGAACGGGCGGUAUCUGGACCGCCGUGUCGGACACCCUUCCCAAGGAAAAGAAGCGGUACGGCGAGAAGGGCGAGGUCACCAAGAUUGACGCCGAGAAGAAGAUUGUGACUCUGAAGGACGGCACCACCGUCGGCUAUGACAAGCUCAUCAACACGAUGGCCGUGAAUCAUCUUGUUGAAAAGAUGGGCAACCAGGAGCUGGUCAAGCUGGCCAAGGGCCUCUUCUACUCGUCGACCCACGUUAUUGGCAUCGGAAUUCGGGGAGCGCGCCCCGAGCGCAUCGGAGACAAGUGCUGGCUCUACUUCCCCGAGGAUAACUGCCCCUUCUACCGCGCCACCAUCUUCUCCAACUACUCGCCGUACAAUCAGCCGCAGGCCGACGUCAAACUGCCGACCCUGUAUCACGCGGAUGGCAGCAAGGCCGAGAGUGGCGAGCCGAAGGAAGGCCCGUACUGGUCGAUCAUGCUCGAGGUCUCACAGUCGAGCUUCAAGCCGGUCGACGAGGCGAACAUCCUGAAGGACUGCAUCCAGGGGCUUAUCAAUACCGAGAUGCUCAAGCCCGAGGAUGAGAUCGUCUCGACCUACCACCGCAAAUUUGAUCAGGGCUACCCGACGCCGACGCUAGAGAGAGAGAGCGUCCUGAAGGUGCUGUUGCCCAAGCUCCAGGACAUGGAUAUCUGGACGCGCGGCCGCUUCGGCAGCUGGCGGUACGAGGUCGGCAACCAGGAUCACUCGUUCAUGCUGGGCGUGGAGGCCGUCGACAACAUUGUCAACGGCGCUGUCGAGCUGACGCUCAACUACCCCGACUUCGUCAACACGCGCCAGAACACGGAGCGCCGUCUGGCUCAGAAGUUCUACAAUGCCGGUACCGGUUCGAGCAACGGCAUCCCCGUCAGACCUGCGCCACGGGCUUAAAAGAACCAGGGGCUCAAUGCUCC